AUGGGCAAGAGAAAACGACCCAAGAAGAAGCCACUUACCCAGGAGGAAAUAUGGGACGAUUCUGCACUGGUCCAAUCAUGGGACGAUGCUGUGGAAGAAUACAAUCUCUAUCACAGUAUCCAAGCGAGGGGUGAGAGCGUAGAUGAAGUUCUGAGAGCUGAAGAUGCGAGGAUCCGUGCUGAGGAUGAGGCCGCAUUUGGCGAACAUGCAGCUGAGGACCCACCACAUGCUCACCCUGUGGCUGAGUUUGAAUCUGUCGAUGAGGAAGCCAAUGAUCAAGAUAUGGAAAUGGAGGCAGGAACAGAUUCUCACGGUGCCCAGCAGGAGGCCUCUAGCGCCAAGAAGAACCCAGAAGCCAAUCGCACCGCUGGCGGAGGAUUCGCCACCAUGCCACAACUCGUUUCGCAAGGAGACGAUGCAUCUAGUGCGGACAAAGCAUUGAAAAAUCUGAUGAUGGCAUGGUAUUUUGCGGGCUACUACACGGGCCUCUAUGAAGGACAGCAGCGGGGAGCAAAUCAGCACUCAUGAUUUUAUUUUACUUUGUUUUACCUUCUUAGACUAUGCCGCAAGGAGGAUAAUGGCUGGCGGCCUUGGAGCCAACACGGGACAAUAUAUGGCGGGUAAGUCCCACUGAGUGGACGUUCCAAAAGUGAGACAGGGACAGUUCCAAAUCGAAGGCGGCUGGGUGUCCCAUAAAGGGAAACCCAUCAUCCAUAUUAGACGUCUGCUUCUGGGAUGUUACCUGAAGUGGAAGACGGGAGAAUACCAAGCAGGAUCCCAGGUCAAAUUGAGAUGUCUGGGUGGAUUUUCUUCCAAGGGCGGAUGACACUAUCGGGACGGUCGAUUGUAAUCAGGGUCUGGGCCAUUGUAGCAAGGUACAUUUUGCACGAUCUGGGUUCAUCUCAAUUACUCCACUUCAGCCGAUGUAGCGGCCAACCGUGCAUGACGAUAUAGGAUGAAAGCUGUACCAUCCCAUCCCCAUGCUCGAAACCCAGACGGGUAUAUGCGCAUAUCCUGUACAAUUGAAAACCAUAUCUCAUGUGUGUGCAUAUCCGCCAAUAUCACAAAAACAAUCCUGUUAUUCUAGAUUUUAUUUGAAGGGAUAGAUACUCCCCCAGCAAUCUCAAGAUCUUCAAAGUAUGUGACCCA